CAAGGCAAAAAAGGCUGAUGGGAAGAAGAAGAAGAUCUCCAAGGCUCAGCGGCUGAAGAUGCAGCAGGAAGAGGAGGAGAGACGGCUGAAAGAGGAAGAGGAAGCACGUUUGAAGAAAGAAAGAGAAGAGUUCGAAAGGCUCGAAAAGAAGCGCCUUGAGCAAGAAAAAUGGGAAAAACUUGAAGCAAAAGACCUUGAAAGGAAAAACGAGGAGGCCGCGGAACUUUCUUUGCUGGAAAGGUGUUUUUCCAAGGCAGAGCAAAUGAAACGAGAAGUUCGCCUGAUUUCUCAGUGGAAGCACUAUCUUCAGUGCGAUGGACACCCCGACCCUACGGUCGCCCAGGAAAUCAACACUUACAUCAGCCUGUGGCGGGAGGAGACCAACGAGACCUUCGAGCAGGUGAUCCAGAAGAGUGACCAGGUGCUGAGUCUAAUCGAUAAACUGACGCUGAUGUUAUUCGAGACUCCACCGUUUGAUCUGCAACAUAAAAAUAUAACACAAUACAAAGGGUCGAUUCUUGAGCUCCAAGACCUCCUUUUCCUGAAGUUUAAUCGAGCCACAGAAAUACUUCUCAGACAAGCCAGCGCCUUAGCAGACCUGGACAGUGGGAAUAUGGAAAAAGUCAUCCAAGCGGAAAACAUCACUGUCUACCUGUGGGCGAACCUCAAGAAGAACCCAAGGCAGCGCAGCGUCCGCUUCUGCGGCUCGGAGAUCGGCUUCGAGAUCCCCAGGGUGCUGGCCACGAGCGACAUCGCCCUCCGGCUCCUGCACACCCACUUCGAUCACGUCUCCCCGCUGCCCACCGUGACCCCCUUCGACCACGCCCCCGAGCCCGGCGGAGAGGACACGGCGGUGAAGGCGGCGGGCAGCGCGCUGGCCGAGACGGCGGCUAGCCCCGAGCCCGAGGCGGCGGCGGGCAGCCCCGAGCCGGAGGCCGCGGGCAGCUCCGAGGCCGAGGCGCUGGACAGCCUGGUGGAGAGCCCCACCGAGGACCUGCUGUCCGCGCAGGACGAGGAGGCGGAGGUGCAGGAGGAGGCGCCCGAGGAGCCCCGGCCAGAGAGCAGCCUGCACGUGACCGUGGGGGAGGAGGAAGACCCCAAAGCCGGCACGCAGGAGCUGGAGCUGGCACUGCUAAGCCAGAGGGUCUCGGCAGCGCAGCUGAAGAUGCUGGAGAACGUGCAGGACAAGCCCCACUUCUUCGAAGACGACGAGGUAGACAUGUGCCAGUUCUCCACCCUGGGUGGCGUGUACCACCUGGACGUUCUGGAGCUGCCGCCGCAGUGCAAGCCAAUGAAGGGCUGGGUGAUCGUGCGGGUGCUCCAGGAAGGGUUACAGAAAUACAUCUACCCGCCAGAAACCACGGAAGAGGCAGACGUGGAAAACGCCUUCCCGCCCAUCGAGGUCACGCUGCAGGUCCACAAGAAUGUCGUCUUCUUUGAGAAUCCCCUGGUGGCCAGGUGGGACCCUCAAGUCAAACUCUGGAAGACGGACGGCAUCAGCCACACCUCCUACAACCCAGAGAGCAGGCUUGUGUCCUUCAGCAUGGACACCUUCAGCCCCGUCACUCUGAUCCAGGACACGCACAUUAACAUGCCUUUCCAGUACUGGGAACUUGUGCCCCUCGACGUGAACCAGGCGCUUUUCACCGUGAAGACGGUGUUUGCUAAGAUUCAGAUCCACAUCAAGGACAACCUCUGUCUGCUAGCCUCCCUUGACUUACGUAACAACCAGGACUUCACUUUUCUGGAAGGAAAAUGGAUGACGCCCAUUUCUUUCAUUCUUGCCUUAAAAAACGCCGGACUGAACAUUUUCCCCUCUGGACACUCUCACUUCUACGUGCUUAUAAACUAUAAGAGCCCCAAGGUGGAGGUGAAGACUUACCAGCAAAUGGCCCUGCUGAGCUCCGCCUUCGCCUUCGGCUGGAGCAAGUGGAACAUACACUGUGACUCCAGGAAAGCCAUCUUUAAGGCCAGGGAGCACAACCCCGAAGAGGAGUCGAUUCAGGACAUCGACUGCAUGAUCGUCAUGUUCACGGGCGACCGCGCCCAGAGGCUGCACGUCAGCGAGUACAGCGAGGACUUCUCGGAGCAGCCCCAGGAGGGCUCGGAGUUCCACUCGACCCUGUACCACAUGGUCACGGGCGUGGCCUCCCCCGCUGCCCUGGACAACAUCAGGAACUCCAGCGCCCUCUUCGUGGACACCGUCUGCCACAUGCUGCUGUCCACCCGCCCGCUCAGCUACUCGUAGUCCCGCCUCAGCCCUGCGCAGGGACUCGGGUGGCGGGGGCCAUUAAAGCCGUCUUCCCGGUGCA